GCCAUCUUUCCCAAUGACAUCAAAAAAGAAUAAAGUUUAUAGUGUGUUUAUUGAAUUUAUUUUACGGUAAAAAUGUCUUUCUAAUCGCUUUGCAAAACGCAAACAAACGCACCCCGCGUGCCACACAAGUUAAAUAAUUUAAAAAUGUUUUCAAAAAUAAUUGCCGCCAUGGCGCCCUUACACCAAACAAGCUCACCAUCUGGAUACGACUCCGAUUUCUUAACAAUAGAAAUACCAUUUAAUACAUCUUUUUCAUCGGACAUAAAUUAUGAUUCCCAAAAAUCUUACCCUGGAGUCGUUAGCCCUUCCACAGGAUUUAUAUUGGAACGGAAAAAUGGAACCAACAUCGCCGCCCAGCAGCGAGCUCUUUCCGAUUUCUGAAUCGGUAGAGUCUUGGCUAUUAGAAGAUAACUUUGCAAAUGAUAUUUUAUUCGUAGAUCAUAAGAAUGUAGAUGUUAAAUUAAAUCCCUCAGAAAUUGAUGAACACUUCAAACAUGGCGAAGAAAUCAUUCUCGAACUUGAGUUUGAUGUUAAAGAAGAGCCAUGGCCUGAAGUUAAAUCAUCAUCUUCACAACAACAACUGAUCGAUUUUGAAUCGUUCGAAUCAGUUUUUCAUCAUCCAUCUUUGGUAACAAAAGUACAAAAUCCCUAUGAAGGAGAAAACUGCAGCAAAUCAAUUUUUAAUAGUGCAACUAUAUUAACCCAAUUAACACCUCCACAAUCCCCACCUCAGGCUGCACUAACACCACCACAAUCUCCACCACAGGGACCCCAAGAUGUAAAAGAGAUCUUCGAUUACUUUUCAUCACAACAGGUAACCGAACAUCAACAUCACCACCAACAUCAACAGCAAGAGCACCAGCAAACAGCACAUCAUCUUAUUCAGGCCCAGCCUCGUAUUCAACCACUCGUCUAUCAGAAUAUCCCUAAUUCGAUUUCAGUUCCAGUUCCAGUGUCAGAUUUGGUUAAUUCGCAGUUGCCAGUUGCCUUCACACCAAAUCCAUACAACAAUGUCAAUCAGGAUAUUGCCCAGAAUUGUCAGAUUGUCGAUGAAAUUGUUGAGACUCGUGCCAAGGAACUACCCGAUUGGCAAGAUGAAGAGAACACCGAAUUCAAUACAUCAUGUUUCUUGUCCUCAUUGUCGCCGCCUUCCCAGUCGGUUGACGAAGAUUGGGGUCGUUCGUCGCCAUCAUCAUCAGAUUCAUCAUAUUCAUCGGUGAUUGGAGAUUCCUCGUCCAGCGAUGGAUGUGGUGGAAAAAUGCAAACGAGCAGCAGUCUCGCCAAAAAACGCACCCGACCCUACGGUCGUGGACCUGAGGAUCGUAAAAAUCGCAAAAAGGAACAAAACAAAAAUGCCGCCACUCGUUAUCGUCAAAAGAAAAAGCAAGAAAUGGAAACAGUCCUUAGCGAGGAACAAGAAUUGUCCAAUCGCAAUAAGGCUCUGUCCGCCACUCUUGCUGAUCGCAAGCGUGAGGCUAAAUACUUGAAGAAACUGAUUAUGGAAUUUUACCAGAGUAAAAAGUUGUAAUUAAUGUUGUUGCUAUUAAUACAAAAUAAAAAUCUACAUUCAUUCAAAGGAAAUUUAACAAAAACAACAAAAUAGAAAAUACAAAAAAGUAAAGUAAAAUUUACAAAUAUAAAACACAAGUUUAAAAGUUAUCUCAGUUUUAAAUGUCUAAGUUUAAUAUUUCUGUUUGCAUUUGUGCAAAAUAAAAAAAAAAAACAAGAAAAAACAAAUUUAAAAUAUUGCAAUUUUUCUUUUUAAUUAACUUUAAUUUUAAGCAGCUUACAAUUAGUUUGAGUUUCCUUUGUAACAUUUGCGAAGUCUUAUAUCUUUGUUUUAGCCAAAUUUCUAUUUUUUAAUGUAAUUUAAACAAUUUUAUAUUUUUUUUUAUACAAACAAACAAAAGUUAUUAAUAUUAUCCAUCUUAUUAUAUGUAUGUAUCUUUAGUUCUCAAAUAGAAAAAGAAGUAUCUUAAAUGUUUCUAAAUGUUUGGUCUUAAUAGAAAUUUACUUUACAUGUCUUUUUCAAUUCAGACGACUUAUCUUGUUUGUGUAGUAAUUGAAUUGCUAGGACCGAAUAUUUGACCACAAGAAAAUCAAACAUAAGAUAUAAAAAAAAUAAAAACCCCUUCAAAAUAAUGAUUUGUUAUUUUGUGUAUUUUAAGAUGCUGUCUAUUUGAGUUAAGAAAAAAAUGUAUGUUUAUCUUACAUGAAAAAAUAUAUAAACCAAAAGGGUUACUAUAA